AUGUCAUGGAACGACGGCAACGUUUGGAAAACGGAAACGCUGGUACCUGUCGGUGCGGAUGUCGACUUCAAGGUGGUCAAAGCAAAGCACGAUAGUGGAGUAAUUACAUGGGAAGCGGGCGACAAUCGCUCGUUCAAGAUUCUGGGUCCCGACUUCGGGUUGCGGCUGACCUGUCAUUGGGGCCGCCCACAAGACAUGCAGAUUGACGCGUAUAAGCUGCAGAGCCAGCAGCGCCAGGAGGGCAAGGGGGCGGCGAUGGCGGCGGAAGUGGGGAGUAACAACGGCGCGACGAACGGUGUGACCAGCGUCAGCGGCAACGGCGUGGCAGCUGCAUCGAGAGGUGUCAGCAAAGCCUCGCGUAACGGCUCCUCCGCCGCCGCCGCAUCCAUGUCCCCCGCGGGCAGCCUGGUGAUGUCCAGGUCCUCCCUGGAGGAGGAGUCAGCGGCGCGAACUGCCUGGGUGGGCGCUGAGCCGGAGUUCGUACGCAGUCGCCGCAAGGACGAGGAGCAGUUGCGAGGUGGCGUGUGGCGCACGGAGGGGCUGAGCGGGGUGGCGUUGGAGCUGGUGCGCGGGGAUGAGGCGGCCUCCAGUGAGUGCAGUUGGCUCAAGAAGUUGGGUUUGCAAAAGCGGUUGUUAGUGGACGAGGCACCUGCAUGUCGUCCGGGGCUGGAGGCGAUGUCGUACUUGUACGUGUACGCCACGUGGGUCAACACGGGGGCGCUGCCGUGCGCCGAGAGCGGCAGCCACUAUCGACCUAACCACCACGCCAAUCUGGCACUGGCCAUGUUCAGGUCCCUGGAGUGGAUCAUCGGCGACGCCACCCGCGGCAGCGGGGCCCGCGAGCCGGUGACGGAGCGCCUCAUCCUGGCGGCUCGCCGCAUGCACUCGCGGCUGCCCUCCUUCAGCGGCCAGUUCCGAGCCAGCACGCCCCUCACCCGGAUCAGGGACAUCGCGCACCGCAACGACAUACCCAAGGAGCUCAAGGAUGAAAUCAAGCACACGCUGCAAAAUAAGUUGCACCGCUGCGCAGGCCCCGAGGACCUGGUGGCUACGGAGGCCAUGCUCCAGCGGGUUACUGCCGUACCGGGGCAGUACUCGGAGUCCUUCGUUGAGGAGUUUCGGAUCUUCACGGAGGAGCUGCGGGAGUUCUUCAACGCGUCGGGGCUGGUGGAGCUGCUGACGUCGGGCCGCGCGCUGGAAGCCCUGGAUGACGCCCACGCCAGUGCCGUACGGCAGCUCAUCACCACCAAGCAGCGUGUGGAGGAUCUGGGUGCCGCUGCCCGACUGGACGACCUCAUGGCGCUGCUCACAGCGGCAACGCAGGUGGCGCGAUCCUUCUAUGCCGCUGGCUUGGUGGCGGGUCUGCGCAACGACGUUACGGACGAGAUCCUGUCCAUGAGGCAGCGGUGGCGGCUGGCGGACAUCCGGCUGGAGGAGUACAGCUUCGUGGUGUUGUCCAGGCUGAUCGGGCUGCUGGAGGAGCAGGGCGCCCCCCCCAAGCUCCCCCGCGCCAGCAACCUCCAGUGGGCUCUGCCGCUUGCCGCCCUGACCUCGGGUCUACGACACAUGGGGCUGUCCCUGUACGACACUCGGGAGCUGCUCGUACUGGAGAACGAGCUUCAGAGGUGGCACUCGACGUGCCCGCUGGUUGAGACUCGUGAUGCGGCCCUCCGAGCGAAGGCCUCCCUGGAGAGAGCCCUGCGUGUGGCCACAGAAUACAGUGAUAUGGUGACGGAGGUGUACGGCAGUACGGCAGCCACACUUGGCCGCGCGCUGGGGCUGCCGGAGCACAUGGGUACCGUCUUUGCGGAGGCGGAGGUGCGCGCCAGUAUGGCCUUCCAGGUCUCCAAGCUUGCGGCCAUGUUGGCUCGGGCGCUGAGGACGGCUGCAGGCCAGGAGCCCUGGGAUGUGCUGGUGCCAGGCGAGGUGACGGGGGUGUUGCGGGAGGUGCCACAGCUGGAUGGUGCAGCGCUGGAGGGCCCCUCGGGCAGCAAAGGGGGGAAGGAGGAGGAGGAGGGUGUGGUGCUGGUGGUUCGGAGGGCGGAGGGAGACGAGGAGCUGGGUCCCCUGGGUCCGCGGCUUCGUGGAGUGGUGCUGCUGCAGGAGCUGCCCCAUCUGAGCCAUCUGGGGGUGCGGGCGCGGCAAGACAGGCGGGAAGCAGCAGCGGCAGCCGCCGCCGCCGAGUCCGCACCCGACGGCGCCGCGGCGAAGGCUGUCGUCGAGGCCGCCAAGGCGGGCCGCUGGGCUGAUGUGGUGGUUCCCCUGGAGCGUGCUGUCGCUGCCACCUGUGGCUCAAAGUCCGCCAGGUGCGCCGCGCUGGCGGCUCUGGCGGCUGACUCGGGUGGGAUGUUCUCGGCACCGCGCGGCGCAGUGGUGCCGUUCGGCGGGCUGGAGGCGGCGGUAGCGGCAGCGGGGCGCAGCGAAGAGUUCGAAGCGCUUUUGGGUCGUCUAGAUGACCCACGGGUCGAUGGCGCGGAGCUGGAGGCGGCAUGUGGAGAAAUGCGCGCUCUGGUUUCGGGACUAAAUGUCCCCGGGGGCCUGGUGCAGCAGGCCAUCCUGGCGAUCACUUCCGGAGCCGGAGCAGCUGGGGGGCAGCAGCCCCUGCUGCUGGCGUUACGGUCCAGCGCCAACGUUGAGGACCUGGCGGGCAUGUCGGCGGCCGGUCUGUACGACAGUGUCGUGGGCGUGCCGGCGGAUGACGCGGAGGCGGUGGGCAAGGCGGUGGCGGAGCACAGCAUUAUGUCUACCCAUCUCCUCUCCCCCACCCACCCCACUCCCACGUUGGUCGCGGUCUUCACGGACGCCUUUCGAGCCGCAAGGGUAUCUCAGUCAUCCGCUCGCAUGGCGGUCCUAGCCAUGGAGAUGGUCGCCCCCGAUCUGUCCUUCGUACUGCACACCGCUCGGCCCCGGGACGGCAACAGCGAGGUGCUGCUGGCGGAGGUGGCGCCGGGGCAGGGGGAGACGCUGGCGUCAGGUACUCGGGGCACCCCCUGGCGCUUCGAGGUGGCCAAGUCCAGCGGAGCAGUCACCACCCUGGCCUUCGCCAACUUCUCCACUGCACUGGUUCUGCCGGGGAAGGGGAAACCCGUCGCCGCCUUCGCAUCGUACGGCAGCGGCGCCGCCGCGGCAGCGGCGGCGUCGACCUCCACCAGUACCCACCGGCGGAGCAGCGCCUUAGUGGAACGCGAAGUGGAUUACGGUGCACAGCGCAUGAGCGCCGAUGGCGACUGGCGCAAGGCGACCGUACGACAGAUGGCGGCUGUUGGGUCGUACAUUGAGAAGGCCAUGGGGGGCGUGCCGCAGGACAUUGAGGGCGGUGUGGUGAUACGCUCGGACGGCGGUAUUUCGCUGCAUAUCUUUCAGACGCGGCCGCAAUAG